AGUUGUAAAAUUCAAGUACAAUAAGUGUUUAUACACAUAUACAACACAUUUUGUGUUUUAUUGCUAGUUAUUUCUAUCACCAAAUCUGAAAAAAAUGACCUCCGUUUUACCGAAAAUUUUCAGAGUUGCAACUAAACCCCCCAGACGAGCUUUCAGCGUUUCAGUGAGCCGCCCAAACGGUUACAAUUUCGAAUUGACCGAAACUCAGAAAGAGUUUCAAGCAGUAGCUCGAAAAUUCACCAGAGAAGAAAUAAUUCCGGUGGCGGCCCACCAUGACCGGAAUAAUGAGUAUCCGAAGGAGAUUAUCAAGAAGGCUUGGUCUUUGGGGCUCAUGAACGGCCACAUUCCCGAAUAUUUAGGGGGGCUCCAACAAGGCGUUUUUGAUAUUUGUUUAACCGGUGAAGAGUUGGCUUAUGGAUGCACCGGGAUUUUCACAGCAGUCGACUCCUCCAAUCUUGGGCAAAUCCCUGUUGUCAUCGCCGGCACCAAAGACCAACAAAAGAAGUAUUUGGGGCGCUUCCUCGACGAGUCUUUAGUUGCCGCCUACGCCGUGACCGAACCUGGGGCUGGCUCCGACGUCAGUGGAAUCAAAACCAAAGCUGUUAAAAAAGGCUCAGAAUGGGUCCUCAACGGUCAAAAAAUGUGGAUAACAAACGGGGGCGUCGCCAACUGGUAUUUCGUCCUUGCUCGCACUAACCCCGACCCCAAAUGCCCCCCUGGUAAGGCCUUCACCGGCUUCAUCGUCGAGCGGGACUUCCCCGGGGUCACCCCAGGCCGCAAGGAGCUCAACAUGGGGCAACGGGCCUCCGACACGCGCGGAAUCACCUUCGAGGAUGUUGUAAUCCCCCAGGAGAACGUCCUCCUCGGCGAAGGCGCCGGUUUUAAGAUCGCAAUGAGUACUUUCGACAAGACGCGCCCCUCGGUGGCUUGUGGGGCCACAGGCUUGGCUCAAAGGUGCCUCGACGAGGCUACGAAAUACUCCCUCGAGCGCAAGACUUUCGGGGUCCCCAUUGCCCACCACCAGGCGGUGGCUUUCAUGUUGGCUGACAUGGCCACAGGGGUGGAAACGGCGAGGUUGGCCUGGAUGAAAGCGGCCUGGGAGGCAGACCAGGGGGUUAGGAACAGUCUCUCGGCGGCUAUUGCCAAGGCCCACGCCAGCGAAGUGGCCAAUAGAAACGCCUCCGAUGCUGUGCAGGUCUUCGGGGGCGCAGGGUUCAAUAGUGAGUACCCCGUGGAGAAGCUGAUGAGGGAUGCGAAGAUUUUCCAGAUUUACGAAGGGACGACUCAAAUCCAGAAAAUUGUGAUUUCGAGAAAUGUGUUGAGCCAAAACGGGAAAUAAAAAUGAAGUAUU